AUGCAGGCCCGCUGCCAAUUACAGCGGAGACCUACUUUCUUACCUUCGAACUUUUACUUCCUGCGGGCCAGGCGAGGCGGCCGGUCGCACCACGCAACGAAUUACGAAAGUAGCGCGAAAUGCUCGGCCGACAUUCGCACGCUUGCGCCACCAUCAGGAAGUGCUGAGUGCUGUUGCAGGGAUUACGCAGGCGAUGCCUUUGCGGUGCACCUCGCUUCACUUCGUGCACGAUUCAGUCCCCUCUUCUACCACCAUUAG